AUGCCGUCACCUGUGAGCAGGGAAACCUGGGAAGAAAUUUUUUUGGAUCAUAUUGGUGGCACUCGCCUGUUCUCCUGCAACUGCGACACGAUCCUGACCAACCGCUCGGAGCUCAUCUCCACUCGCUUUACAGGGGCCACAGGAAGGGCCUUUCUUUUUAACAAGGUGGUAAAUCUGCAGUACAGUGAAGUUCAGGACCGGGUCAUGCUCACUGGCCGCCACAUGGUCCGGGACGUGAGCUGCAAGAACUGCAACAGCAAACUGGGCUGGAUCUAUGAGUUUGCCACUGAAGACAGCCAGCGCUACAAGGAGGGCCGCGUUAUCCUGGAAAGAGCCUUGGUGCGGGAGAGCGAAGGCUUCGAGGAGCAUGUUCCAUCCGACAAUUCCUGAAGAGGCUCCAGUCUCUUCUCAGGUUCUCUUCAAUUGAAACUCAAAUAUAAUAAAAUCAACAAAAAAAUCUGCUUACAUACACUGUCACCUUAGCAUCAGAGUCGGAUUCAUGGACUACAAAGUGGGAAAGAUUGUGAGAAUAUUUCAGAUGGAACCUUCUUUUCUUUAUUCCUUUUAUAUUUUAUUUUCCCUCCAGAAGCUGUUUGUAGAAAGAAUGUUGUGCAGAUGCUGUAACUUUUUCUCUCUUUCAUUUACAUCUGUUAGAUUUGAGAUUGUAUCUUAAGGUACAGUGGGCUAAAAGGAAAAUAUUUGCAGGAUUUGUCUUUUGUUGGAGAGAAAUUCAAUGAGUUUUGGUUUUUUUUUUAGUUUGCACAAACUGAUGUCAGCAUCAACUUAUUUUAAAACUACAGAUUUUUUUUUAAAGUAUAUUCCAAGUUUUGGGUAAAGUUUUUAGUUAGGUUUCUGGUUUUUUGGGCUUUUUUUUACCCAGCUUUUUUCACCUGGUUUGCUAGUUAAAGUGAAGAGAUCCGAACUUGUGCUGAGUGCUAAAGGUUCAGUGUUGGUACGGCUUGGGCUGGCCCAUGUGCCAUAUUCUUGUUGAGGUUGAUUGGUAGCACAGAGCCCAUUAUUUCUUGUCAUUCUUGACCCAAAGAUGUCACCAUUCCUUGUUUAUUCGUGAAGUCCCAUUCACCAUGUAAACUGGUGUUGAUUGGAAACUAUUCUUGAAAUAGGGCAAAACUGCUUGGCUUUUUUUAACUUUUAACAGAUGUAACUUAUGAGCAUAGUAAUAAUAUAAAGUAAUAGCUGUCUGUUUAGUCUUGCAUUGCUUACGAAUCCAGCUGUGUUUGUAAUGAUAGGGAUCCACUGAGAAACUACUGUUUCAGUAGUCUUUUUUUUUUUCAUUUCUCUACUAAUCUCAUUAAGUUAGACAGGGAAUUGCAAAUCUUAAUUCUUCUUCAAGUAGCUUUCUUUAAACCCAGAACUUCCUAUGUUAAACACAGCUGCUGUGUAAAAGGAGAAGAUUGCCAGCAUGUUUGUUCAUGCAUAGAGUUAUGCAAUCUGCAUCUCUUGAAAAGAUUAACUUAAACAGCUUGUUUUCAAAUGCUGCUUCUGGUGUUGAAACCUUUAUCUUUCAACUUUGUUGAACUUUUUCAUUGUGAUGUUAUGUUUUUAUCUUUCUGGGCAGCAGUACUUGUCAGCCUAGUAGUAACUAGUGACUUGGAUUCCUGCUUUGUUCUUGUAGAGGUCAGCUCUGUUUUAAACAGUGAUCUUGCUUGCCUUUUUUAGAAAAAAUGCUCUUCAUUAACUUAACUCAAGGGUGCCCAAACACUUUUCAUUGUGUCUUAAGCCAUAAGUUAGGAUCUCAAGGGCUGAAAUUUAUUUGAAUGUUAGAUAUGUAUGAUUUCUUAUCCAAGAUAUGAGUUGGUUGUGGUUUUUUUUCUUAUCGUGGAUUAAUUGUGGUCAGCAUGAAAUAAGUUACCCCACCCAGCCAAAGAGAUCUGGGUUCUGACCUUUCAGAGUAACUUUUAUUCUCUAGCCACAGCUCUAUAUCUGAAACUAAGAUGUGGAGGGUGACUAUGCAGAGUAUUUUUCUUAAAUUUUUUUUGGUUGCCAAGUGGCAAGUUGGACACCCCUGACUUGAAUCUGCUGCCUCUUUCAUGUAAAGGUAGCCUUGUUCUAGAAGUGUCACAUAGAAAGAAAACAGAGUAGAUCGCAUACCAGAGCUGUGCUUGAAUCAAGCUGCUUAAACAAUAGUGUACUUGUGCCUCAAAUUAAUCAGUUUUUGCACUGAGUACAGUAGUACCCCAUUAUCUUGUACUUCUGUCCUUCACAGACCCUGGAAGCACCAUUAGCAUGGUUCUCUGCUGUACUUUUCUUGUACUUCUGACAUUACAGUACAAUAAAGUAUGUUUUGUCCUGAACUGA